UUCCCAUAGAGCCACUACGGCCACUUCCUGUGCAGCUCCCAUCGCCGCUCGGCUUCCGGAGUCCUAGCGUCGUGGGUUCCGCGUGGAAGCCGCCGCUCCUAGGGUCGUCCUGUCUGCUACCCCCCACCUCAUAAUGCCUGCCAGCACCUCUUCAUCGACCGCGGCUUCGCCAGCCCCGGCCUUGCCCCCGGCUCCGGCCCCGGUCGCAGCUCCGGGCAAGAACCCGUUAAUGGACUGCCUGAGCUGCCGCCUCUUAUCGGGAACGGGGCUGCUGGGGGCCGGCGGCUACGUGUACUGGAUAGGGCGGCGGCCCCUGAAGCUGGGCUAUGCCGCCACCCCGGGUCUCAUCUUCCAGAUGGUCGUUGGCAUCAGUAUCGCAUGUUGGGGGUUAGUCAUACUGGUGGACCCAGUAGGAAAAGCCUAUCCUGCAGAAUCCAAGAAGCAGUGAUGGUGAUGAUGAUGAAAUUGGCAGCUUCUACAACACAGCCACACCCAUGAACUACCCAGCCACUCCAGUGGACUCCCCAGAACAGAAGGACAGAAUCAAGAGACCCACAGAUAUUCCAGAUAUUGCCAGGGCCUGCCCCUCCCUUCACAACUGUGAAUAAAUUUCUUUGAGAACAGAAGAGGGUGUGUGUUAUCUGUAGAAGAAUGGAGAUUUAAAGGUAUUGAUUCUACAAACUGGGGGCAGUCUGGAAAACCCCAUAGGGCAAAAUGAGAAAAUGACCCUUAACUGCUUUUUUGGUUUAGCUCCUAACACAUAUCUUUGACUGUAAAUUCAGCCCAUUUACAACUAUGUUAAUCCUAUCCUUACUAGGCACCUGAAGCUGUGUUGGAGCCUAUGGGGGAUAUCAAAUUCCUUAUGAUGGAGUCCUAAUAGAGCUGCCCCCCGCCCCAAUAUUGUAACUUCAUUAUAAGCCCACUGUACCUACCUACCUCCACCCCCACCCCUGUCAAUGCCCUAAUUUAUGCCUCACUGCUCACUAGAACAACAGGUGUGCGUCCAUGUGAUGGGAGCUCAGCCACUGCCUCUACCAGCUACUGCCCCCAGACCACAUAUUUAAACAGGUGUGUUCUUGUAUUCAAUCAUAAUCCUAUCAUCCAUCUAGCCCAAGACAGAACCACAAUACCCAACUAUCUAGGACCACAAUAGCUAGCCAAUUGGGGGGCAGCAUGACCAGAAUGCUUGAUCACCAAACCUUAGAAGGGGCCCACCCUACAAUGGUGCCUGCGAAGUUCUACUGAGGCUAUGACCUCUCCUCCAUUACCUAAUCCCUUAACAAACUCCUUCUGCCUUUUUAAUAGUAAUAAUAUUCCCAUAUUCUAUGUAAAUUUCUGUUAUGUAAUUGCAUCUUUAUCUUAUAAAAAUCUAUCUUGCUUUCUUUGAAGCAGCUGGCUCCUCUUGGAACUUGGCCUGCUCCAUGAGAGGCGUUAAUCUCAAUAAAUGCCUAUACUUGGA